AUGCCACACAACACAAGUACUCCACAGUCUCUUACGGAAGCCAUUGUCUCUCAUCCUCCUGUCGAUGGAGAGCGCCAAUGGAAGCUUGAAGAAAUCAAGAUUGGGAAACCUGCUGAAUACGAGGCUGUCGUGGAAAUUGUAGCAUCGGGAAUUUGCCAUACCGAUCUUGGCUGUGGAACUGCACCGGACGGAACUCCAGGGUUUCCAGUUCCACCUUACCCCAGGGUGCUAGGCCAUGAAGGUGCCGGUAUCGUGAGAGAAGUCGGCUCCCGCGUCAGCAAAGUUCAGGCUGGCGAUAGGGUCCUCCUGUCCUUUGCAUUCUGCACCCAAUGCCACAAUUGCCAGUUUGGCGCACCAGGAUACUGUUCCCAGUUUUCCCCCAUCAACUUUACGGGGAAUAAGGAAGCUUUUACAACAAUCAAGGAGGGCAAGCCGAUUGGUGGAUCAUUCUUUGGUCAAUCAAGCUUCUCACGACUGACCAAGGUCCAGGAGGUUUCCAUGGUCAAGGUUAAUAAUCUGAUUGCAGAUGAUGAAGAGUUCAAACUAUUCGCACCUCUGGGUUGCGGGAUCCAAACUGGGGCUGGUACGGUAACUCAGCUGGCGAAAGCUACAGCCGACGACACAAUUGCAGUCAUUGGACUCGGUGGAGUCGGGUUAUCUGCCAUCAUGGCUGCGAAACUCCAAGGAUGCAAGACCAUUAUUGGAAUAGAUCGUGUGCCAGAACGUAUCGAACUAGCAAAGGGCUUGGGUGCUACCCACGGGAUAAACACCGCCCAGAUGGCCGGCUCAUUGACAGAGGAGGUCCGAAUGCUCACCAAAGAAGUCGGUACCACCAUCACUAUCGAUGCUACUGGGAUGGUACCCUUGAUCCAGCAAGGCGUGGAGUUCACCGCCAAUCAGGGCCAAGUGAUCUUACUCGGGGUGGCGCCAAUGGACGCGGGCCUACAGCUUCAAGUCGUCCCUUUCAUGGUGACUGGCAAAAAGCUACUCGGUAGUAUGGAGGGUGGUGUCUAUCCUGAAGAGUAUAUACCCCAAAUGAUCCGCUGGUAUCAUUCCGGGCGUUUUCCUGUGGACAGACUUGUCAAGUUUUACAAGGUUGAAGACUAUCAACAGGCUGUUCGGGAUAUGGAGGACGGUUCUACCAUCAAGCCUGUACUGCUGUGGUAA